AUGGCCACCUCACCGGGCAGCCUCGGCGCUGGGCUUGGAGCCGCGAGGCCCUGGCGUCUGAGCCGCCGCCUCCUGCUGCUGCUGCUGCUCCUGCUGCCGCUGCUGGACGCUGGUUACAAAGAAGGCAACACCAAACCAGUUUGUGGCAAACCCUGGUGGUCUGAGGGUUUGGAUGUGACCCGCCAUUGGCCCUGGGAGGUGAGCCUGCGGAUUGAAAAUGAACACGUGUGUGGAGGAGCUCUCAUUGACCUCAGCUGGGUGAUGACUGCUGCUCACUGCAUCCAAGGCAACAAAGAUUACUCAGUGGUGCUGGGCACCUCCAAGCUGAAGUCCUGGGACCCCUUGAAGGUCUUCUCAAUCCCUGUGAAGGACAUCAUUGUUCACCCUAAGUACUGGGGCCGAACCUUCAUCAUGGGUGAUGUUGCCCUUCUCCGGCUUCAUACUCCUGCCAUCUUCAGCAAGUAUGUGCAGCCCAUCUGCCUCCCAGAGCCCAGCUACAACCUGAAGGUUGGGACACAGUGUUGGGUGACCGGCUGGGGCCAGAUUAAACAGCGCUACUCAGCCAACUCCACGUUGACCCCAGAGCUGCAGGAGGCCGAGGUGUUUAUCAUGGACAACAAGAGGUGUGACCGGGUUUACCGCAAGAUGGUCGUCGUCCCCCACAUUCUCCCCCUUGUCAUGCAGGACAUGGUCUGUGCCACCAAUUAUGGAGAAAACUUGUGCAAUGGGGACGCUGGUGGCCCAUUGGCUUGUGAAGUUGAGGACAGAUGGAUUCUGGCUGGGGUGUUAUCCUGGGACAAAGCCUGCGCCAAAUCACAGAAUCCAGGCGUGUACUCCCGUGUCACCAAAUACAGCAAAUGGAUCAAGACACAACUAGGCAAUGGGGCUCUCUCAGGCCCCCGUGCCUCUGCCUGGCUUUUGUUCCUGUCCUGGCUGCUGCAGCCCCACAUGGGUCCCUAAUCUCCCCGCCCCCUUCUUCUUGCUGCUUUGCUUUUGCUGGAUGGGGCCACAUCAAGUCUGCACCAAGGUCAUGGGUCCCUGUUCAACAAGAAUCAAGGUGGAGAGAGAGCGGCCCCUGGGAGACGGGGUCCUGCUUUGGCAUCCCAGUGGGGAGGGAUGUGGUGGAUGACUAGGCCUUGGGUGAUCAGGAGAAGGGAACUGUGGCCUAGAAGGGCUCUGGAAUUGGGGACCAGGGUAG